AUGACGUCAUCUAGUAUCCCACCAUCUGGUCUGGUCCCCAUCAUGCUUCUGAUGCCUGUCGUUUCCGAAACUGCUUGUUCAAAGGAGGGCUUCCGGGUGCCAUACAAUACCGUGGGCACCAUCAGGCUCAACAUGCAAGAAUGUAGGGUAUGGCAGCUACGAGCAAACAGGAGGAGGAAGCAGGUCUCCAGAGCCCAGCAGCAGGGAGCCGGGAGAGGGCAGCUGCACUGGAGAAGGCUCUACCACCAAGAGGGAUCCUACUCCACUCCAGGACUAUGCCAAUUUGUGGCCAUGCUCCCACCAGCAGGUCACCUCCUGUCCCUCCUGCUGGUGAUAGGCACAGGGGGUACUGCGCCCAGUCCCCGGGUGCCUCCCCGGGGCUGCUAUGUGGCAAAAGAAGCAGGUGAACGGACGUUCCGCUGCAGUCAGGCAGGCCUGAGCACUGUGCCCUCCGGCAUCCCCAACGACACCCGAAAGCUCUACCUGGAUGCCAACCAGCUGGCAUCGGUGCCCGCUGGUGCCUUCCAGCACCUAGCUGUCCUGGAGGAGCUGGAUCUGUCCCAUAAUGCCCUUGCCCACCUCUCAGGGGCAGCUUUCCAGGGCCUGGAGGGCACACUGCGCCACCUCGACCUCUCUGCCAACCAGCUGGCCUCGGUGCCUGUGGAGGCCUUUAUGGGACUACAGAUCCAAGUGAACCUAUCCGCCAACCCAUGGCACUGCGACUGCGCCCUCCAGGAAGUGCUCAGGCAGGUGAGGCUGGCACCGGGCACUGGGACAGGCAUCGUGUGUGGCCCUGGAGCCCCACCAGACUUUGUGGGGCAGGAGUUCCCGCUGCUGGCAGGGAAGAAAGAGCUGUGUGGCGCAGGGCAGGACAGGGCCCGGAGGAGCACCGAUGUGGCCCUGCUGGUCACCAUGGGGGGCUGGCUGACACUCGUUGUGGCUUACCUGGUGCAUUAUGUAUGGCAGAACCAAGAUGAGACCCGGCGCUCCCUCAAGCAUGCCCCAGUGCUGCCCGUGCGAUCCGAGGACUCCUCCACCCUCAGCACAGUGGUCUGAAAACCCAGGGAGCUCCUCCAGCCACACCCCACACUCCUGCCCUAUGCCUUCUCCUUUCCUCUGACCCUCUCUGCCUCCUUUGCCCCCAGUGUGUCCCACCCCUUUCUCCUUUAUUCCCUAAAUACCGACUCGCUCGCUCACUCUCUGUCAUCUUACCCAACACCAUCUUUGGUGCCUGGAAUUUUUUGGUGCCUACUCUGCCUAGUUUGUGCUAAACUCAGAAAACCCAGAACAGAGAAUGACUGCAGGUGGGGUGGGAGCAGGAGGAGGGGCUGGGGGGAGCAGGUUGAGGAGGAAGCCUGCACCUGACCCAGGGCGAUCUCAAAGACUUCACCGUAGGCUGUUUAAACUGAUUCUACUUUUGUUUUGUUUUUGAGAUGGAGUCUGGCUCUGUCACCACGCUGCUGGAGUGCAGUGGCGCAAUCUUGGCUCACUGCAACCUCUUCCUCCUGGUUAAGAGAUUCUUCUGCCUCAGCCUCCUGAGAAGCUGGGCCUACAAGCGCGCACCACCAUGCCCAGCUAAUUUUUUUGUAUUUUUUGUAGAGCCGGGGGUUUCACCAUGUUGGCCAGGAUGGUCUCGAUCUCUUGACCUCGUGAUCCACCCACCUCAGCCUCCCAUAGUACUGGGAUUACAGGCAUAAGCCACUGCAGCACCUGGCAUUUUUUUUUUUUUUGAGACAGUCUCACUCUGUCACUAGGCUGGAGUGCAGUGGCACGAUCUCGGCUCACUGCAACCUCCGCCUCCUGGGUUCAAGCGAUUCUCUUGCCUCUGCCUCAGCCUCCCGAGUGGCUGGGACUACAGGUGCACGCCACCAUGCCCGGCUAAUUUUUGUAUUUUUUAGUAGAGACAGGUUUCACCCUGUUGGCCAGGCUGGUUUCGAUUUCUUGACCUCGUGAUCUGCCUGCCUCAGCCUCCCAAAGUGCUGAACGGAUUCUUAAAGAAUGGGGAGGCCAAGUGCAGUGGGAGGCCAAAGUGGGUGGAUCACCUAAGGUCAGGAGUUCAACAUCAGCCUGGCCAACAUCGUGAAAACCCGUUUCUACUAAAAAUACAAAAAAUUAGCAGGGCAUCGUAGCAUGCACCUGUAAUCCUAGCUAGUCAUGAGGCUGAGACAGGAGAAUCAUUUGAACCCGGGAGGUGGAGGUUACAGUGAGCCAAGAUUGUGCCACUGCACUCCAGUCUAGGCCACAGAGCGAGACCUGGUCUCAAAAAAAAAAAAGAUUAGGGAGAGCUUUGGACAGAAAAGAGAGACAAAAGAGAGACACUAGAUGAAAGGCGUGGAGAAAGAAAGAAAGAUGUGCAACGACUCAGAAUGUCUGGGCAGCAGUAAGACUCACCCUAGGGCUGGAAGAGAAGGUGCAAAGAGGGGAAAGGGGAGGGGGGAUGGGAACAAGCUGGAGGCAAAGACAAAGCCAGGCUGUAGCCAGAUUUAAAAGGACACUGUGGGCUCCCCCUCUCUUCUCCCUCUGCCUCCCCUGAGAGCCUUCCCUCGCUUCUUGCUUCUCUUGCCGCCAGGCUGCUCCUCUUCCUGUGCCCUCUACUGGGGAUCCCCCACUCCAGCGCAGGGUCCCUAUCCAGAGAAUCCCUAUCUCUCUCCAUCCCCUGUUUUAUAUACCAAUGAGUUUCCUGAGCUCCUUCUCAUGGGAGGAAGGUGGACUCUAUUACUGAGCUGGGGAUGGUGACUGGAGAGCUAAGGGAAGUGAGGAGACCCUAGGACAUCCCUGGACAGCUCAAUAAAGUCACUUUUAUCAAU